AGUUUCCCAUACCAAAUUAUGCAUUUCUAUCGUUUUGCAAGCUGUGCGUUUUCCUCUUCCUCUUUCCAUUCUCGCCUUCGGUCGUCCCUUUCAAAUCUCGGUCUGUGUCCUUUUCAGCUCUUCGUUUCUUCACUCAACACCGUAUCAGUGUUUUGUUUGUACAGAGAAGACGGUAACUUGGCUGGUGCACUGUCUGUUUUCAGUCGAGGGUGGCUGAGAAGUGUUGCACUGCUCCAGAUUCCUUUUGUUUAAAACCUCUCAGAAAGCGAUGAUUGUCGUCCCGCGCUCUAGCAACUAUAAAGAACACAGCUUUAGUAAAGAAACAUGCGGUUCAAGGCUCCACAUCGGACAUUGACUACGAGACUACAGCUUAAAAAAUUGAACCUGGUGGUAGCUAUGAAAUCACAAAUUUUCGGACCACUAGAAUGAAGGGCCAGUACAAUGUGGUGCCGCAUGAGACUCAGCUUAUAUUCAGUGGUAAAACAAAUUUCAAAAAGCUCUCAAAAUGUGUUUCCACCUAUUCCUCGACACCGGUUUUUCCUACAGGAUUACAACAUUCUUUAUCCCCACUUGAACAAAGUUGACAUUCUUACAGAUGUCAUUAGUCAUCUCACUGCAAUACAACAUUUAGAGCCAAAACAGAUUAAUCAAAGGGUAGCAUACAAGUGUGAUAUACACAUUCAAAAUGUCAGAAGGGAACAACUCACUGUUACACUAUGGGGAGACGUCGCUGAAGAAUUUUGUUCUUCAUCUGUCCAAGCACUGCCUCUCCCAAUAGUUGUCAUUUUUACAAGCUUAAAAGUGAAGCUUUAUCUAGAUAAAAUUGUGACGAACAGUACAGAUUGCUCACUUCUCCUUUUUGAUCCAAACAUCCCAGAAGUUAAUGCAUACAAGUCGGUGUUUGCAAAUUGUAACGAGCCUGUGAAAAUAUUGGCCCCCUUCUCCAGACAAGUAAAUGAGGCUGAAAUUUUACGUACAACCAAGAUGUUCACAAUUGAUGAAGUCGCUUUUCUAGAUCUUGAUUUACACAAGAAUGAUACGUUUUUCUGUAAAGCGUGUGUCAAGUAUUUUGACACACGUUAUCAAUGGUGGUAUAGUGCGUAUGCCAACUGUGUAAAACAAAUGCAUAAAGACUUGACAACUGGACAGCUGAUCUGCCAAAAGCAUCCAAACCAAAUUCCAACUCCUUGGUAUAAAGUCAAUUUGGUUCUUGAGGAUCACACUAAUGAAAUCAAUGCUCUCAUAAUUGGAAAAUCUGGUGAAAAGCUUUUUGGUGUGCCAUGUAAAGAUUUAGUACUGAAUCAAAGAUUAGUUGGCCAACAACAGUUACCAAACAAGUUAUUUAAAUAUAGUUUGUUUUAUUUUCUGCAACUAGGUUGUUUUGACAGUGGAGAACCAAAACUUCAUCUGGUGCCCUCAAAAAUAUACAGUAUGGUUCAUCAGCAUAUGUAAAAAACUCUUCCGGAUGUUUUAUGGCAUGCAAAUAACUCUUUUUACUCAAAACUUAUCAAUAUUUUUGCAUGUUCGUACACCAGCACUUAUUAAUAUUUUGUAUAUCAUUGCUGGUUCUGGUUAAAAACAACUACAACUACCAGACUGUUAGAUGAAUGUAAUAUUUUUUGCAUGUACAUGGACCAGCAUUUUGUAAUUUUUUGUAUCCAAGUGCUGGUUUCAGUAGAAUGAUAGCUAUAACUACUAAACUAUGACAAAUGGAUGUAAUAUUUACCAAUGAAGUUGUGCAUAUUUAACUGUUUAUCUCUAUAGUGUUUCUAAUGUUUCUGUUAUCAAUGGUAUUAAUAUUCUGUUACACUGUUUUUAAACCCGCGGCAACGCGCGGGCAUUAUACCUAGUAUUUGCUAAAGACUAAUUUGUUUGUGAUGAAAAGCAAUUGGGUUGAUUGAAAAAUCACUUGCGUUUGUAUAACCAUAGAGAUUGAAUGUGACAAAGGUCUUUUGCUUGAAGCCUUUAGCUUUAUUGAUAGGUAGUUGGAGAGGAGCAUCCUCGAUCAUAUCUCUGAGUUGGAGCAAGAGUACAUUGGUCUUUUGACGCUGACAAUAAGUGCAAUUUUUGGUUGGUGACACAUUCCUUGUCAUUUAAGGAAGCGAGAUAUUCUUGGGUUUGGUCGUUCACAUGGCAAACUCGCUCUGGGAAGGGUCGAGUCUGAGUUCCAGUGGUGAGGUCUAAGGGGAAGAGGUCAUCCUGAGCCCUGGGGAGUUAGCUUGAGUUCGAUUUUGAAAUUGGUGGGCCGGUAUGGCAUGCCUUUGUGUAAAUAAAAAUAGAUUGGCCCUAUAGCAUACCUUGUUUUUAUUUAUAGCCCAAACAACAGCGCUCAGCUCUCAAUGAAUAAUAUAUACAUGUGACAAGAUUUUUUUA